AUGUUCUUACACCUUUUUGCUUCAGCAGUUAACUCACAAGUAUUCACAUGUAUGCAUGAUAUUUACACGAAUCAGCAACUUCGUUCAAGUGAACCAGAAUCAUUGCGAAAUCUUCGGGAUGAAUCAACUUCAACUCCAGAAUCAAAUCCAAAUGAAAAUCAAUUUAAAUGUAAUCCAAAACUUCAUCCUGCAACAUAUAAUUUGAGAAUUGAUUUUCGAAUGCAAGGAAUUGACAAUGAAGUAAUCAAGAAAACAUUCAAUUAUGUAAACGAUUUUCUUAGUAAACGUAUUAAUGUUACUGAUCGUGCAAGAAGUUUAGAUGAUGAUUUUGAUCUCGUUAUUGAUGUAAAGGCUGAAUCAUUUGAAAAAGGUUCAAAUGGCCUUGCAUUUGCACGUUCUACAUACAAUCAUCCCACAACUGGCAGACCGACACAUGGGGAAAUUACACUUAAUUCAAAUAAGAUACCAUUUGAGGCACAAACACUAGAAUCGGGUGAUAGACAAUUCAUUUUAACGGUUAUUCACGAAUUAAAUCACAUUCUGUCAUUCAGUAGCUCGUUAUUUAAUAAAUGGCAACCUUAUGGAGAAACAGCCACAAUUGUCCACUAUACCGAUUGGCAAGGUAAAGAAAUAUCUAAAGGCGAAUACGAAAGCUACAAUGAUAAUAGGGUUCCACAUAUGUACGUCAGAUCUCCAUGUUUGACAGAAUGGGUGAAUAAUAGAUUCAAAGUAAAAAAUGAAACACUCAUCAAUAUCGGCCUUGAACUUGAAGACUCAGGCGGUGGCGGAACAGCUGGUUCCCAUCCAAACGAAAAACUUUUCUUCACAGAUCUCAUGCAAGGUAGAACAUACGGUCCAGGCUGGCUUUCACCAAUCUUCUACAACACAUUGUUAGAUACCGGAUGGUAUGUUCCAUCCAAAAAAACCUCAUGGAAAGACCUCAUUUACUUAGAUGACCACAUCAAUACAAAGAUCCACGUAAACGAGUCAAUUCUUUUGAAACCACCACAGCAUUCUAUUCCUCUUCCAUACCAAUGCCAAUCAACCUCUCUCCAGGCUUGCUUCUACGAUUACACAUGGACAGGCACAUGCUCACUUGUUCAAUGGAACGAUCCAGGAAAAGUUGAACCGGAAGACAUGAAUAAAAAAGACUGGUACAAUCCAAACGGACAAUCACUUGUCGGCCAGGAUAACAUGCUUGAUUACGCAAACUUAGUUCUUCCAUGGUAUUCAUGCAGAUCAACAGGUGACAAUGGUUUGAAGCGUAUGGUUGAGUUCGAACCAGACUACAACUACUCCAAGUAUGGUGAAGCAUUCUUACCGAACUCAACAUGCGCAAUGUCCACACUUCAACAAGGUUUCACAGGCAGCUUGCUUUCAACAUCAAGAUGCUACGAAGCAUGGUGUGGUACAGAUCACAGAGUCAGAUUGAUUGUCAACGGUGAAGAGUACUACUGCAAGAAAGAUGGUCAACAAGCCAAGUUCUCUGGUUUCGCAGGCUCCAUUACAUGCCCACCUGCCGCUCAAGUCUGCGCAAACAGAAAAUUAAAAGAGAUAUUUGGUGUUACAUCUCUCUUCCCAGAUCGUGGACCAAUCGAUGGACAGAACUUAGUCGCCAUCGUUGGUAACAAUUAUGAUAAUUACCAAAAUGUCACAAUUACACUCGGUACAGUUCCUUGCGAAAUCAAGGUUUACAAGGAUAACUACAUCCUUUGCAAGCUUCAAAAGCCAGAUGAUAAUACACAGAAGUUAAUCAGAGAGAAGUCUAAUAUAUUGAAGCAGACACUUGACACAAACACUGAAAAGAAUGAGUACAGAAUGUUCAAGGCAUUCUACGUUGUAAAGUCUACAAAUAAUAGAACUAACACUACUUAUCCAGAUUCAUACUACUUCACAAAGAGGAAGUAUGACACAGGAAUGAAGGACUAA